AUGGGUGAUUACCUUCUUAUUCCCGUUAUCAUCGGAAUUAUCUUUGCUUUUUCGUCUCUCGUUUCAUCCGAUGAACUGUUGGUUGUGGGAGAAACCGAAGAGCUUCUGGUCAAUACUAAUUUUGUGGUUAAGGUUAAGGGUUCUCCUAGACAGAAUCAAGACUUACCAACUCUAUGUGAGAGGAUACAUAUCUAUGGACGUCAAAGGUUAAAACAUAUAGACAAGUAUGCCCAUUCACUCAAUGUGAUUGUUAACGUGUCAACCGGUGACAACACAAGUACCACACACGUUUGCUUCCACAGGAAUUUGUCGCUUGCAAUUGGAAUGUGCCCUCAUAAUCAAUGGGAGAAAGUCUCUAAUGGUUCAUGGACUCAGACAAUGUCACCAUUUGACCAAAAAAUACUUAGUGUAAGAACAACCGGCUCAUCCAAGGCUACUCUGAAAGUGUCUAUUGUAGAAGAACUGUGUAUGAUGAACAUAGUGUUCUUAAUCCUUGGUUCCAUUUUGCUGAGUUCGGCUUCUACACUGAGCAGAUCAGUAGCAUUUUACUACACUUGUGUGAUGUCUAUCGGUAUAGUCCUUGCUGUGUUGCUUCUUUUCUUUCAGGGACUGAAGCGCCUACCAACUGGAAGGAAUUCUUCAGCAUUGUUCCUAUAUUCAUUUGUGGUGGUUGGUUUGGUUGGUGUCUUUUUCCGCUGCAUAACCGAGUUGUUUCAAAGUAUGGAAAUAUUGGUGGGAUUCGAUGAAGGAAAUCCCGAACUUAUGGCACUCUGUUUGUGGUUGCAUCUAUAUCUUAGUGGACUAAUUUUUGGACUUCACGCUGUCAAGAGACUUGCUCUGACUAAAGAUGGCUCCAUUGACUUAACCACAUCAGUCUUUGUAUCUUGGUCCAUUUGGAUUUCAGCUGCUGUUUUGAUUCUUCAGAGCACCAUGGAUCCUCUGCUUGGUGGAGGAGCACUGAUAUCUGUAAUUUUUAUGUCAUCGAUGCUGAAGAAGAGCACAAGAUUGAUGACUUUCUUAGGACGCGUACACGAGAUUAUGACGAAGUUACUGCAAGGAAUCUGGGAGAAAAUUCGUGAUGUUGCAGGGCCAAUGGUUCCGGUAUCUAUUUGUGAAAUGUUGCGAAAGAUUCAUUUUGAACCUACAUUAAGAGCAAGGUCGGAUCGAAAUGUUACAGUCCAGAAGAGUGGGCACAAUAAUGUUAAGGUCGUGAUUUGUGAUGAGACGAUCUGCUUCCAAGAGAAAAUAAUCAGGGCCUUGUGAUCUGAAGAUAUUAAGGGAAUUGACAACCACGCGCUCAAAAUGGGCGUCAGUACGUUGGUUGUACAAUAUAUGAAACCAAACGACGGCGUUCGUAUCCUCGUUCUUAGUUUGGGCCGCAUAAGAUAAUUUGAAAAAUGAUUAGCCCAGUAAGAAUAUAUUAUAGGCCACUUUGGCAAAAUAGUAAUUGCGAAUAGAGUUUGCAGCACGUUAACUCUCGCAACACGUAACCUGUACCG